AUGUCGCUCUAUCGAAGCUGGGAGAAGGCUUACGGCCUAGAACCCGACUCCGUCUCUCCUCCGGAAAAGUUUGAGCUGCCCGCGAAUCUUCCGCCAGCUCCGCACCUGGAGGACUGCUCCGCGCGCACAGCCUUCCGCCUGUCCGCGGAGCAGAGGGGACCGGACGGGUCUGCGCCCAACUGGACCCGCCCCUCCAACUGCUGCAGCUGCAGCCCGCAACCCCCUUGGUAUACUACCCAGAAAUCGCCCGAAUUCCCUCGAUUUCCCGAUAUCUCCAACUUCCCCUCCCAAUCACGCCCACCUUCCCUUCUAUUCCCUCCCCGUCUCGUGCUCCAUCUUGCUUCCUCUUCGCAGGUCCGUGGAGAUGAUCUGGCCAAUCUUGCGCUGACACGUGUCGUGCAGAGGGACAUCUGGGAGAGCCAGUUCCCUGCCACGUGCAAGGGCAGGCGAAUCCUGCUGGCGGAAUGGGUAGACGGACCGACACCAGGUCCAACCCAGACAGCAGCAGCAGCAGGGGCAGCAGGGGCGGACUUCGGGGCAUUUGGCAUGGGGACGCAAAUCCAAGUCAUGUUUGCGUUUCUGAGCAUUGCUGUGCGGCAUAACCGCACGCUAGUGGUGGCGCCAGGGACGUAUUCCAGAGCCAACAACUCGGUGUGCCAAGCCACAGGUCACAUGGGCGCCUGGGAGUGCUACUUCUUCCAAAUCUCCUCUCAGGAGUGCGUGGAUGAGGCUGUAGCAGCUGUAGCAGCCAACCAAGCUGCUUCGGCCAACGGACCUGACAUGGAGGCUCGGCUGGCCUCGCCGGACCUGGUCGUCAGGCGGUGGGGCAUGCCAUGGAGGGACCGACCAUCCACAGUGGAGGUGCAGGGGGUGCUGGAAGAGUGUGGCUUGCAUGCUACGCUUGAGCGGUGGGGCAUGCCGUGGAGGGACCGACCAUCCACAGUGGAGGUGCAGGGGGUGCUGGAAGGCGCGGAUGAGAGGACCAUGCAGCAUCGGUGGUGGCACGCCCAGUCAGCACGCUUCCUCCUCCGCUGGCCGUCCGCACACCUCUGCCACGUCAUCAACCGCAUCCGCCACGUCAGCUACGGCCUGCGAGUGGCCGUGCACAUAUCUGACAUCAGCACAGAAGAAUCUUCCAUCAUCCAAUCCCUCGAAAAGGGCACCAGCUUAUCGGGAAAAGGCAUUCCAGAUUUCAAUAUGACCAAGGAAGCAGAGUUUCUUAAAGGCAUCAACUUUGCUCCGCCAAACCUGGAGACUGACGUCUGGCCCGGGGAAGGCUUUGCUGGAUGUUUGGUUCGGGACACGGACGGAGAGAAACCUGCCACUAUAGACAAAACCUAUAAAGAAGUCGGCGGGGAGGUGUUUAUGUUCCGACCAAUCGUGAGCGUACACGUGGCGCAUGGAGACGCUGUGCUGGAGGGAAGGGGAGCCCAGGGGGGUUUACCGGAAGGAGGGUCUCGAGUAAAGCUGAGGUCGCUAGGAGUGUACAUGUAUUUUGCGUAUCAGCUGCAGCUGCAUGUUCCGACCAUCAAUCAUGCUUGGUUAAGCACAGAUGCACAGUCUACACUAGAGGAGGCUAAGCAACUGCGUGACUGGAGCUUCUUAUAUUCCGAGCACCCAUCACAGCCGACAGUGCCGGCUGGUGGUGUGGCAGCUGGGGAUGGGAGCGGCGACCUUUCUGCAAAUGACAAGACGGUUGCAGUAAAAUUCGCAAAUCUGCUUAUCGCAGCUGAGUGCGACUAUUUUGUAGGAAUGCUUGGUUCGAAUUGGAACCGGCUUAUUGAUGUUUUGCGCAGCACCAAUGGCAGGCUUUUCUCAGGCUAUAUGGCCUUAAACUUAUGA